AACAAUUAACGGAAUGUGAUUAUUUUUAUGUGUCGAAAAUAAAUUUUUUAAUUUAAUUGUUUUAAAACUAAAUCCGUAAACUUCUCCCUAUACGAUUUGUUUGUCAAACUCAAGUCAAAAUGAAAUAAUACAUAAGUUCAACGGAUUUUCUCAACGAGUAUAAAUCCGUUAAAACGCAACAAUUUUUCAACCAGACCAGAAAACCCAAAUGCCCGAAGCUCUGACACUGCCCGGCAUGGCUGACGCGGAGCCAGACUUAUCGACGUUCGAAAACAAAACCGGCCUAGCCGAUGACAUGAAGUUUUUAGCCUCGAUGCCAGAACUGUGUGAUGUAACGUUUCUGGUGGGCGACACACGUGAGCCAGUUUGUGCCGUAAAGGCUGUACUCGCGUCACGUUCGCGUGUAUUUGCGAAAAUGCUGUACUCUGCGCCAUCACCCCAGCGCAAGAGGGAGACGUCCACCAAGGAGAACAAGUUGCGCUUAUUUCUGAAGCGCUCCUCGGAGCCCCUGUUGAAUCUGCAGAAUGCGGCACAACAGAGAAGUGGUUUCACCCAACAAUUAGCUCCAAUACCCGAGCCAUCCGGACAACAACAUCAAACUUUAAUUAUUGAAGAAUUUGAACCGGAUGUUUUUCGUCAACUGAUUGAGUAUAUCCACACCGGUUGUGUGACACUGCAACCCAGAACAUUGCUAGGUGUUAUGAAUGCAGCAGAUUAUUAUGGUUUAGAAGAACUACGUCGUGCUUGUGCAGGAUUUGUGCAGUGCUGCAUCAAUGUGGAUACAGUAUGUGCCCUAUUGGCAUCAGCUGAACGGUACAUCCAAUAUAAGUGCACAAAAAGUUUGGUACAAAAGGUUUUAGAGUUUGUUGAUGAGCACGGCAAUGAGGUACUCAAUUUGGGCAGUUUCACAUUAUUGCCUCAGCAUGUGGUGCGUCUGAUCUUGGCUAGAGAAGAAUUGCGUGCAGAUGAGUUUACUAAAUUUCAAGCGGCUUUAAUGUGGAGCAAAAAAUAUUACGAUAACAAUCCAAACAUUGAUAUGAAGGAAAUACUUGGAAAUUUCCUCGAAUACAUACAAUUUCAUAAGAUUCCUGCCAACGUUCUGAUGCGUGAAAUACAUCCGCUCGGUCUGGUACCGUAUUCAAUUAUAAUGAAUGCAUUAGCUUACCAGGCAGACCCAGAAAGCAUCGACCCCGGAAAACUGUCUCCCAACUCUAGUCGAUUGAACGGCCCUUCCUCCUCCUCCCAUCAUACCUCCGGUCGUCAUAAACACAAUCAAUCGUUACCAAAAAUACGUAAAGCGAAAUCACAAAGUUUCCGCACCCGAAGAAGUCCAUCUGAGAGACGCAGUCCGAAUACUGCACAAGGUCCACUUACCUUAAAUACUAUGCUAACAGCUAAUGAUAAAAAGCGUAGUCCAUUGACGCCCAAAAGUCCAAUUUUACCACAGCCAGAAUCCAAGAGUCCUGGAAGCGGUUCACAAAAGACACCAACAACUCUCUCCCGACAAGGUACAUUGCGCGCUUCUCAUCGCCGCAAAAACAGUAUUACAGGCUCCUUGGUACUUGUGCAGGGUAGACGUAGUCCGGUUGGUCUUAACGAUCGUAGUCCUCAGGGUCGACGUAGUCCAUUGCUCCUAUCUAAUGAUCGGCUCAAGUCUCCAAAUGAAUUACCUGUACAUUCGGCAUUUGGUACACAUAGUCCAACAGCUCGUAGUCCAACAGGUGAUCGACGUAGUCCCACAUUUAGCGUGCAUACACAAGAACGACGUUCACCAAUAGGCGCCGCUGCUCCCACAGAAUUUUGUCAUACACGUCGUAGUCCAACAUCAACGGUACAUGUGCAAGACGUACGCAGUGACUUUGAAAACAUUACCCACGAAGGCGAGGAAGGUAAUGCACGCACACCAACCGGCAUACCAGGCAUAAAACGCCCUUCAAUCAAUCUAUUUACUCCUAUUUACUUCACUGGAGACAAACGAAGUCCAAUGACAUCAAUGCCCAUUCCACCAAUAACAGUAUCCAAUCCAACUGAAACGUACGCCGCACGUGAAUUAGAACGUCAAAGGGAGGAGAAGGAAAAAAUGGAAGCUGCAGCAGUCGCAGCAGCUGCUGCAUCUGCGGAAAAAACGGAAAAAGAACAACCAGAAAAAAAGGAACGUACAAGUGUAAUGAAGGAAAUUUUGGCCUUUGUACGUAAGCCGUCGAAACAUAUAUCAACACGCACAAAUCGUUUUGCAAAUGCUUUCACACGUGCCGAAUCGGGUUCAUCUAGUGGGCCGCUUAUACGUCAGAGCACAUUUUCGGCCAGCCCAGCAGCGUCCUCAACUGCUGCGAAAAGUGCCAUAGUAAAACAAAUGUCUGAAGUUGGAUUCGAACCGAAGAUGUCAUUGAAAUUCGCACACUACACAAAAAUGUCGCUUAAAUUGCGUCGAUUUGCCAAUGAUGAUAAAACAAAGCAAGCCGCUGCCGCAGCCGCAGCCGCAGCUGCAAGUUCAACAAAACGUUCCAGUGGCGAUUCUAAUGCCGGGGGACUGGAAACAGGUGAUGCACAGCAGGUAGGUGGAGGUGUUGCCUCAGGUCGAGCGUCACCACUAAACGACAUACCAUUCGAAUUCGCAAAUGUGCACUUUGAAAAGGUAGGUGAGUCUUAUAUUAAGCAUGAGAAAAUACGCGAAGAAGAUCAGAAUGAGGAAUCUGCCAUUAGUAUUGAUAUGGCGAAUUUUGUAGAAGAAGUAACAAACUCAUUAAAAAUAGCCACGUUGUCAACGGAUAACGCACAACCCACUCAUCAUUUUCAGCGUCGUUCAGAGAGUAGAGAACCUAUAGAACCACGCAUUAGUGAAGAACGUGAAUCAGAUUCCAAUGAUUUGGUGAUACCGGAAGAAUUUAGAACUGAACUUGUAGAGAUUUUAAAAGCCUAUGCAUCAGAACCUAUUUACAUAAAUUUGCAGGAGUUACGACGCGAAACCGAAGAAGCUGAAACAGUGGCUGAAGCCGCUAAAGCAGCAUCUGAGGGUACUAUAAUUGAAAAAUCCCCAUUACAGUGCCCUAUUAUAGAAUUUGAACCGCCAUCGCGUAGGUCUUCCUUUGAUCCGCCAAGAUCACCUUUUCUUGAAAACUUACGCAGUCCUGGUGUUGAUACCGAAACUGACUUUAUAAAUUUACAACGUCUUGAUUCGGGUGGUGAUAGCUUUGAAAUGGUCGAGGGCGAUCGUAAAUCCAGUCGUGCUGAAUCUAGUUUCGACUACCCGUACUCCUCACGUGAUACAAGCUUUGAUAUAUCGCGUUAUCAAUCAACAAGUUAUGAAGAUCAAACUUCAAGUUUCGAAAUUGUCGACAUGGACGAUAAAAAAAAAUCGAACAUUGACUUACGAAAAUCUUCCAUUGAACUAGUAGAUGUUGAAACUUUUCAACGUUCAGGCUCUUCCUGUGGUCGUAAGUCUUCAUUAGAAACACAUUUCGAUUACACGCCUUCUGAUAGUGGUGUGACGCCAGUACGUUCGCCAAAUUUUCCAAUGACUAAAAAGCAGAAAACUGAAACAUUUCGCUCGUUGCACAUAUCUCCAUUUAGUGCCUUUUCGCGUGCACGUAGCCCCUUGUCGAAUCAAACUUCAUCGAAUUAUAGUUCACGUGAUAGUUAUGAUUCAAGUUCUUCAUAUCCACAUUCAGCACCCGGUCACCACGAACAACAACAGCCACGCAGUCCAUUUGCUGAUCCCACCAAAAAACACUUUCCACUUACAAUCAAACAGCGUGAAGAAGAGGUUAAAACGUUUCUUUGCACUGAUCAGCGUUGUGCUUCCAUAUUUGAACCACGUCCAAGUUCAGUGCUCACGCAACAACUUUCCACCGGUUCAAUGUCAACACCAUCUGGCUAUUAUGGCAAUGGCACGCCACGUUUAAACAGUGGUGCUGGUGGUGGGUUCUCAAGUGGUAGUGAGUUCGAACCGCCAUCACCAAGACGUGCUGCCAGUGCAUCCCCAAAACAUACAUUCACAUUUAGAAUAGUACUGAAAAAAGUAGAUAGUUCACCGGAAGCGUUAUGCCCCGAAAAGCACCGUAGUCGUAUAAUAGAUCGUUAUAGGCGUCGAGACAGCCGACGUAAACGCUUACAUGAUGCAGGUAAAAGUUUUUAAAUCGGGAAUAGAAUUCACACUAAGAAAGUACAGGGAUUUUAAGGACUUGGUAUUUGUUUUCGGGAGUUGGAAGUAGUUGAUUUAAAGCUUGUGUUAGUAGAGUCAAUAAUGACAUAAUUAUAGAUAUACAUACUCGUAAAUUAAGUCAAAUCUUUUUUAUUCAUUUUAUUAGAUAUGAUAAAAUAUAUUUGCGGAAAAAGGACAUUUGACUGUUUUUAAAUAAGUUAAUUGCGUUAGGAAUAUUAACUGAAAUAAGUACAAAGCUUCUAGAAAAUUUUUCUUAAGAUUGAUAUUUUGAAUUACACUUUGAAGAAGUCUACGAGAUCAAAAUGGUUUGUGGCCUUUUAGAGAAGAGUUUACGUAAUGAAGGUGAUGAUGUUGGUAGUUAAGGAAGAUUCAGAGAAUACAGAAAAAUAAUUAUGAAGUUCUGUAUAAUUUUGUAGAAGUUCGAUCCUAGAAUUAUAGUAUUUUAUAAGAAAAGUGGCUAAUGCAAAUAACGAACAUUACUACUUCAUCUGAAAAAAAAAGUAUA